CAAUCAGGGAUAGGCUUCCACGGCGGGCCAAUGAAAAUGCGACCUCUUAACUACAGUAGGCCUAAUUGUUAAAAAUGCUUGAUGAAGAGUUGUUUUUCGUGUUCUUUUCUACAAAAGUGUCAUGUUAAUGUGUAAUUCUUGUAAAAUAGUAUAUUGUAAAUUGCUGAGUUUCAUUCUUAUAAAUUUUUUUAAUAUAUAAAUCUUUUAAUGAGUGGAUUCUUGCGUGUGGGUAGGUGGGUGGAUGGGGGGCACCAUGAGGUCUUAAUACGCCUCUGGAUCCACCACGUUCUCAGGUAACAAUUUUAAUAUAUUUGAUGCAACAUUAUUCAUCAAAUGUAUAUUAUAAAUGAACGGUAAGGGAGCGUUUGGUAUAUUGCAUAGAAGUUCAGUUGUGUGCCCUGAACUUCUGGAACACUGAAUGCAGAACACUUACAGUGUGUGUCUGCAAACGCAUUAAAUGCAUAACCAAAUAGGUAUAGAAUAUUAUAUGAUAUUUCCAAAUGCUCCAGUGCUAUUAUUGUUUUGAUAUGUACCGUUACUUGUAGUAAAUAUUAUUUUAGAAUAAAGCUAACUUAAGACACCAAUCUAAAUUGUUCGGUAAUCAAUUUAGUACUAUUUUGACAAUAUUAUGUUUAGUGUAGGACAUGCAUGAGGACCACAUGAACUUGAGGGUGUUGGCCUGUUUUGUCUGAAUAACAUGGUAGUUAAACUGAUGUUUAUAUGUAGCCUACAAAGCAUCCUAAUGCCCCGUUCAUUUCUAAUACACAUUUGACUAAUAAUGUUGCAUCAAAUAUAUUAAUAUUGUUACCUGAGAACGUGGUGGAUCCAUCUCGCUUCGUUGAAAACGUCGAGUCACUUUCAACCAAUAAGAUGCCAUGUAAGAGGUCGCGUUUUCAUUGGCCCGCCGUGGAAGCCUAUCCCUGAUUGGUUGACUACUUUUGACAGCCUAUAAUGCCUGGAACACACAGGAGGACCUCUCGAGAGCAAGAGUACCAAAAGAUUCGUGGACGCACGGAACGCAUUUUGAGUGCGCACACGCUCAGUUGAAAGCGCGCGUCCAGUUUUGUGCACGAGCAAAGGAAAUCGGCGUGCGAGCGGAGAGAUUUGUCAUUAUAAUAACGCCAUAAAAAAUGGUCAUCUUCCUAUGUGAGGCUGAGCUCAUACUGUGUGAGAGGCGGUGAGUGGAAGACGAUCCAGACAUUCAGAUCACAGCCUGAGUGAUAAACACCUAACAUUACAUCUUGAACACACAGUUAUACUGCCUGAAUAGGAUUCUCAUCUUCAUCAUGAUCGUCAUCUCUCUGCUCCUGUUGGGCUCUCUACUGCCAAACCUGAGCUUCUCUGCCAGUGUGAAUGUGGGGAUAGUGAAUGGCACUGAAGCACGACCGCACUCCAGACCUUACAUGGUUUCUGUUCAGAAGAAUGGAAGACAUGUCUGUGGUGGAUUCCUUAUUUCUUCUAAAUUUGUCCUGACUGCAGCACAUUGCCAAAGCGAUGGAGCUUUGACAGUUUUGGCAGGUGUGCAUGACUUAACAAAGAAAGGAGAUACUAUGCGCUUUUCUGCGAAGUCCUAUUACGAGCAGGCUGACCUCAUGAUUUUAGAGCUGGAUGAAAGUGUCCAACUAAAUGACUACAUCAAAACGAUCCGCAUACCAACGGGACCAACAGAAAGUAUAGAGGAUACUAACUGCACUGUCUCUGGCUGGGGAGAUAUUACAAUUUAUGGGCCCUUAAGUCUAAACCUCCGGGAGGCAAAUGUGCAGCUUAUGAGUGAUGAUGUCUGUAAACGUCAAUGGGGCCAUGAGUACAUAGAUUCACAGAUGAUGUGUGUGUAUGGCUAUGGAGGAACCUGUAAUGGGGAUUCAGGAGGUCCGUUGGUUUGUGGCAACACUGCAGUGGGUGUUACAUACUUUGGUAGCCCAUACUACUGCAACGAUCCGGAUCGUUUUAAUGUUUAUACUAAAAUUUCAGCAUUUCUUCCAUGGAUCAGGAAGAUAACAGUUUGGAAGCAGAAAAUGUCUCCUCCUCUCCCCUUUACAGUCUACUGUCUAUUACAGUGUUUUCUCAGUGAGAUCUCACCGAUUAUCAUCCUCAUCAUGAUCGUCAUCUCUCUGCUCCUAUUGGACUCUCUGCUGCCACACCUGAGCUUUACUGCCAGUGUGAAUGUGGGGAUAGUGAAUGGCACUGAAGCACGACCUCACUCCAGACCUUACAUGGUUUCUGUUCAGCAGUACAGGUCGCAUAAGUGUGGAGGAUUCCUCAUCUCUGAUCAGUUUGUCAUGACUGCUGCACAUUGUAGAGACAGCACCGAGACUUUGACAGUUGUGGCAGGUGCACAUGACUUAAGCAAUAAAUAUGAAAAGUCUGUCCGUAUUGGUGUGAGCUCUUAUGAGAAGCAUCCGUCCUACAAGCCAGCUCCAGAGUUACAAGCGGACAUUAUGAUUCUGAAGCUAGAUCAAACAGUCAAACUAAAUAAGAACAUCAAGACGAUUCCCAUACCAACUACACCAGAGGACAUCAAAAAGGGUACUCGCUGCAGUGUUGCAGGCUGGGGACGUCUGAAGACUAAAAGUCCAGCAAGUCCUAAACUUAUAGAGACAAACGUCAAGAUUAUGAGUAAAACAGGCUGUGCAAGACGAUGGGACAGGUCUUAUAUAGCUUCAAAGAUGAUGUGUGUAUAUGGCCAUGGAGGAUCCUGUGACGGGGAUUCUGGAGGUCCUUUGGUUUGUGGAAACACUGCAGUGGGUGUAACAUCAUUCGGUUCCUCUGACAACUGCAAUGAUCCUAAUAAACCUGAAGUUUAUACUGAAAUUUCAGCAUUUCUUCCAUGGAUCCAUAAUGUAAUUAAUAGUUAUUAUUAUUGACUUCUGCAUAAACAAAAUCGAAAUACUUGUUUUUCUUUUCUUAAAAAUGUCCUCUUUUUAUCAUUUAUUAAGCUGCUGUAAGCUCAGUACAAUUAUAAUUUGUGCAACUAAAUGCACUUCAGAGUUUUUUCUUGUUGUGUUACAGUGGUGGUGUGGGAUUGUUUCAUGUUUUUCCUUAAAAUGAUUUCCAAUUAAAGAAUUGUGUCUCAAGCAUCAAAUAAAUCAGUUUGUCUCAUUGCCAUGAAAUAGCAGAAAAUGGAGUCUGCUACAACACUUUA